AUGAAACAUCUCAAACCUAUUAAGAAUGUAUUUCUUUAAUAAGUCUACAACCAGGGAUCAAUAAAUCUAGUUGUAUUACAUGGUUUAUUAGGUUCAAAAACUAAUUUUAAAAAUAUAGUUAAUAAUAUUCACAUAAGUAAACAUUUGUCAUCAGCAUAUUUGUUAGACAUAAGGUAAUAAAAUAUAAGUAUUUUAAGAAAUCAUGGUGAUUCACCAUAAACUUAAACAAUGAGUUAUGAAGAGAUGGCAAAUGAUUUAAAACAUUUCAUUCAUGAUCAUAAUCUAUAAAAUGUUGUCUUACUGGGACAUUCUAUGGGAGGUAGAAUUAUCUUUUCUUAUUUACAAAAUUACACAUCUGAUUUACCAAUAGGGAAUAUCAUAGUGGAUGUUGGACCUGGUGAAGGAGAAGGCAAAAAUUAUGUGUAAUAAUUACAAGAUAUUAAUCUGAAAAACAAGACAUUAAAAGAGAUAGAGAAUAGUAUAUUUUAAAUUGUUUAGAGUAAGGAAAAAACUAAUUUAAUAAUGACAAAUCUAACUUAUGUAAAUAAAGAGGAAUUUCAUUCUGAUUAUAAGUGGAAAAUUAAUAUAGAUGUGAUAUCUAAAUUUAUGAGUAAUGGUCAUUCAGAAUUCUAUAGUAAUUAUUAGGGAUCAGCUUGUGUUAUUUGUGGAGAUAAAUCUGAUUACGUGAAUAUCCAUGAUAAAGAAAAAUUCUUAAAAGUAUUUCCAAAAAUAGAUAUAAAUCGAGAUAUUCAUUUUAUAUAAGGAGCUGGUCAUUGGGUUUAAGUUGAAAAACCUAGGGAGUUCAUUAAAUUAACAAGUUAAUAUUUAUCAUCAUUUUGA